UCUAAUUUAGAUACUUUUUGAAUUUGAAAUGUUUUUUAUGAAAAGUAAUAAAGUAUCUUUUUACAAUUGAUUAUGUACUAAAGGUAUGAAACGUUCUUGUGAGGUCACUAUUAAACAAAAACUUGUUCGGUUCAACAUGUAUUCCAAUAUUGAGUGAAUGAUGAUCAGCUUUUUUUGAUUUUUUAGAUUCAUUUUUUUUGGAUACCGUGAAAAACAAUUAAUAUUUUGUUUCUCAUUACAUUCGUUAAUUGAUGGGGAGGUGGAUUCGAUCUCAUGCAUCCGAAUUAUCUGAUGAUUCUUCUGGUGCCUAUUCUGAUGUCGAUGCAUCUUAUUCUGGUAGUAGACGGUAUAAGAGAAGCGCGGAUUCAACUUGCUCUAACUUUGUUUCGUCUAAACUAAGACCGCGAAGUAAUAAACGAAAUUUAGUCUAUCAUGACGGAGAUGUUGAUUUUGAUGAGUUUCUGGAUGAAGAAGAAGAUGAAGAAGAAGACAAAAAAGAAGAUGUCUCUCUAGAAAAUCUUCCAAUAGUUUUAAAAAAUGUUGUAGAAAAAUUUUUAAUGCGUCGUAUACAAAAAAGUAAAGAAACAAAUGAUGAGCAUGUGCCAGAACAAGAAACCUCAAAGACGGAUUUGCGACAAAAUAGUUUGGAAUUGUCUUUGUCUAAUACCCUAGAGUCUGUAAAUAACGAUGACACUACACAGCCCGAAACCAAUAGUUCACCGUAUGAUUCCGGUGGUUCAUGUCAAAAAAAGAAUGUGAAAUAUGAUUAUCUAGUAAAAUAUCAUAAUAUAUCAUUUAAUCAUUGUGAAUGGUUGGAUGAAGAUACGGUUCAAUCUCUCAUAGCAUCCGAUCGCCCUUUACGUACCCGAUAUAAUAAUUUUAUUCGUAAAAAUGAAGCAGGUAUUGAAAUACCAGAGGCAGAACUUGUUAGAAGUGUUCCGGAACGUAUAGUUGAUUGUUCCGAUCCUUUCCGAGCUUUGUAUCCUACAAAAGCUGCUGAUGUGACGAGGCAUGAGUGGACCGUGUAUUGUUUGAAAAUCGUGGAUGCUCUAGUUUGUUGUUCAAGGGAUCAUAGGUGUUAUGGUAUACCAUUUUUACGUCCAGUAGAUGAAGAAAAAGAUGGAGCUCCAGGAUAUUAUGAUAUUGUGAAAUCACCUAUGGAUUUUAUAACUGUACAGACCAAAUUAUAUUUACGUCGUUAUGCGUCUCCCCAAGAAUUUUGGGCGGAUGUUAAAAAGAUUUUUUCAAACUGUUUACAAUAUAAUUCUCCGCGAACUGAAAUCGCAAUUUGUUGUCGUUACUUGGAGGCAUUAUUUGAUAAGUUAUAUCAUGAAUGGGCUUGUUUAUCUCGGGCAAAUCAAGAUGAGGCGGAGACUGUUACAAAAGAAAAAGAUUUGCCUUAUAUAGAAUCAAAUGAUCCAAUUUUAACUUUACAAAAUGCUAUUCAACAUAUUUCAUUUUAUAAACAACUGAAAAAUACAGAGCGAACUAUUUUAUACCUUGUUAAAUGGAAGAAUCGUUCCUAUACGGAAAUGUCUUGGGAAUUUCCUUGUGACAUUUCUGAAAAAAUAAAAAUUGCACAAUACCAUCGUUACGUACGCGUUCCGGAUUAUGUUGUGAGUAGUAAAGGUCCAGGAUAUUGGGAAUUAGACUUACAGAGGAAGAUGCUUCAAGAAACUCUUAUGCAUUGUAGAGCAGCACGUGAAUAUCUUUGUGGUUCGAUGGCGAUGCCUAUUCAAUCACUUCCAACGCUUUCUUGUGCGGGAUCACAAACGAUGUCUAAGGAGCGUUGGUCGUAUACAACAAAUGGUGCUCGUGAACACUUACGACAACAAUACUCUUACCCUCGGGUUUUUUCUGGUAAUGGUGUUGCCAUGACAGCAGCGGCUGCCGCGAGUGCUGCUGCGGAUCACGAAGAACAAAAUCAACAAGCAAUGUUACGGCGUGCUGCAACUCCUUUGUUAGAUAUGAAUCGUUUUACUGAAGCACAAAAUUUAACAGGAUAUUCUAAUUUGAGUGCUGUUGGUGCAGCAGCGAAUCUGGUUCCUUCAUCGUUUUUAGACCCGAAUUCUUUUAUGCAAAAUCCAUUAUCAACUCCAAAUUAUAAUGAUCCAACAUUAUUUCCUGCAUAUGCAGCAAUGUUAGCGUGUCGAUUUCCUCGUUUUGUUCCUUCGUCUUUAGGUCCUAUAGCCAGACUUCCAGUUAAUACACCACCAACUCCAACCAACUUUGUCCCCCAACCCAUGGUGUGUAAUUCACAAGAAAAUUAUACCAUGCCUUCGCCUUUGUUAGAUAUGAACCAAUCAACAGGAAAUGCUAAUACAUAUACACAAUAUCCAUCAACCAAUACUGCUUCUAAUUAUGCUCAUUAUUCAACACCUCAGUUGUAUAAUGUUCCUAGACAAAACCUUAAUAUGGUACCAGUUUCUUCUUCAGUUCAGGAAUCCAUACGAGGACGUCCGUUUGUUAUGCCAAAUCAUCCUCCAAUGAUGCAAAUGCCACACACUUUACCUCCACAUCAGCAAAUUGUUCCUCAGGUUGCUUUCCCUACUCCAGCCUUUAUGCAUCAUCAGUUUAUGAACAAUCAAUCGCGUACGGUUCAGCCGCCUGCUACUCAGCAAAAACUAAACCAAAUGCCGUAUAUACCAGAUGCACCUAUACCUCCUUCUUCACCUAAUAUGAAUACAUCUCAACGUCCUUGCACACCUUCGGAUAUAUCUGCAAUAAAGCAACCAUCCAAUGGGACUCAUUAUUUUACUUCAUCUGAAAUGUGUGAAGGAUAUACGAUUCCUACAGCAGUAAAAACUGAUAAAAAUUUACUGAAAUUCAAACCAACUUUAUGGACAAAACAUACAAGUGUGUCAUCUUCCUAUGAAAAAGCCUUUUCUAAUUAUUUUUAUAAAAAAAAAAUGCGACGGUUUCAACCAUUUGAUACACUGAGUCAUUUCAAACAGUAUGAAAAGAGUUUUUCCAGUCCUCAACUGCGCCAUUCUUGUGAAGGAUAUACAGAAGAACAAACUCAACCAACCAUGGCUGAAUCCUUUUCUAGUGAGGAGGUACUUCCACCAAUACAAAACUUUUCCUUAAAUCAACAACAACACGAUAACGUUGAUGGCGACUUGAUGCAUACCAUGUUGAACAACGUACAAGUAGAGACAAAAGAAAAACUUGAGAAUGAUGAUAAUCAAGAAAAUCUUGAAGAACCUACUAAUAAAAGUAAAGAGUCUAAUGAAAAAACAGAUGUUUACAAAGAGUCAGCAGUAACGACUGAGGUCAAAAGUACGGAAGCUUCCGAGAACGCAAGCCAAUCUGUAACCGAGCAACUAGAGACACUCAAUGUAAAUACCGAGUCCUUGGUUGAAGGUGAAAAAAUGUCACUACCUUUGAUAAAAAAAGAUGAGAUACCUAAUGACUCUAAUUGUAAAGAAGAAAUGACUUUGCAAAAAGUUUCUUCUGACGAAACAUCUAAAGAAGACCCUUUAAUAACAACAAAUGUGGUCGAUUUAGCAACUUCUGUUAAGGAAAAAGAUGAAACUAUUCGUAAAGAAGAGAAAAAAACACCUCCACCUCUUGAUCGUAGUCGACCAGCUUCUUUUGCAGCUCAGUCCAUUUAUGCUGAACAAUAUAGUCGUAUGAAAAGACCUAAACCUCCGCCCCCAGGUGUUUCCAGACGCUAUCUUGUCUCUUCAGCUUAUAAGGGGAAUCGAAAAUUAUUUGAUUAUCAAUUGGAUGGAUUGAAUUGGAUGCUGGACUUAUGGUCAAGUGGAAAUAAUGGUAUUUUAGCAGACGAUUUAGGUUUGGGUAAAACAGUUCAAUCUAUGGCGUUUUUGUGGCAUUUGUAUACAAAAGAACGCAUGCGUGGACCAUUUUUAGUUAUCGCACCUUUAAGUACGUUAGAGCAUUGGAGAAAUACUGCAGAAGAUUGGACUGAUUUAAAUGUGAUUCUUUAUUAUGAUGAAAAUGGUCGGGUUGGGCGUGACGCUCUUCGUCGAGUUGAAUGGUAUCAUUAUAUGGUUCAAAUCAAUUCGGUUCCAGUCGAUGAUUCAACACGACCUAAAGUUUCGGGAUCUGUUACAACAGCACAAAUUGUUCCAACAUCUCAUUAUAAAUUUCAUUUGUUGUUAACAUCGUACGAAAUCUUCGCUUCAGAUGCCGAACUCCUUAUAACAAUUCCUUGGCAAUUCGUCAUUCUGGAUGAGGCUCACAAAUUAAAAAAUCGAUUAUCGAAAACAUUGCAACUUUUACGUCAAAUUGCUUGUCGUCAUACAUUGCUGUUAACAGGAACUCCAGUUCAAAAUAACACUGAAGAAUUGUGGCCUCUUUUAAAUUAUAUUGAACCGGUUCGGUUUUGUGAUGUCGAGGCUUUUAAAAUGGAAUUCGGGAACCUUCAAACAAAUGAACAAGUCACAAAACUUACGGAAUUGCUACGACCUCAUUUAUUGCGACGUGUUAAAGAAGAUGUAGCAGAUUCGAUUCCUCCGUUAGAAGAAACCAUCAUUGACGUUGAAUUGACUAUCCUUCAAAAAGCUUAUUAUAAAGCAAUAUUUGAGAGAAAUAAGAAUUUUUUAUUUAAAAAUGUAAAAAAAGGACAACGUGUGCCCAAUUUAAGAAACGUUGAUAUGGAACUACGCAAAUGUUGUAAUCAUCCUUUUAUGAUUCAUGGAGUCGAACAACGGGAGUAUGCAUCUUGCAAAACGGAGCAAGAGAAAUUUAAAAAACUUACUGAAAGUAGUGGGAAAUUGGUCUUGUUGGAUAAAUUAUUACCCAAAUUAAAGGCGGAAGGCCAUAAAGUUUUAAUUUUUUCUCAAUUUCAGCAUACAUUAUCCAUUAUUCAAGAAUUCAUUAUGUACAAAGGUUGGAAAUUCGAACGACUCGAUGGGCAAGUAAAAGGUGUGGAUCGAUCUGGUGCCAUAGCUCGUUUUAAUGAUGCCACUGCUGAGCGUUUCAUUUUUUUAUUAUCUACACGAGCUGGGGGAUUAGGUAUUAAUUUAACAUCUGCAGAUACUGUUAUUAUUUUUGAUUCCGAUUGGAACCCUCAAAAUGAUAUACAAGCGACAGCUAGAGCACAUCGCAUUGGUCAAGAAAGAGAAGUUAAGGUGUACCGUUUAGUUACAGCUAGAACCUAUGAAGCUGACAUGUUUGAUCGUGCUUCGAAAAAAUUAGGUUUAAACACAGCGGUUUUUCAAUGUGGGGCGUUUGAUUCAAAAUUACGAUUGGAUAAAAACACUAAUAUCAAUGGAGAUGAUAAAAUAAGUGGUAUUUCUGGGUCUAAAGUUCCCUCAAAAGAAGAAGUUGAGGAAUUAUUGAAAAAUGGGGCAUUUUAUUUAUUAGAAGGCAAUGGAAAAGCGGCUCGUGAAUUUCAAGAAAAUAACAUAGAGGAAAUUUUAAGUCGAAACUCACGACUUGUGCGUUAUCAAUUAACAGGAAUGCGAUCAACUUUUUCUAAAACCUCCUUCAAAUCAGAUAAGGCGUCUGAUUUAAGUUUCGAUGAUCCGGAUUUUUGGAAAAAAGUUUUAAAUGAUUCAUCCUCACGAAGGUUGCUAGCACGUUUGAAUGAUGGGUCUGCAACUGUCGAUGAUGCUUCAAUGGAAGAGUUUAUGAAUGAUUUACAAGCUGCAGUUGAAGGUAUAGCGGCUGAAGAUGAUCCGGAACCCGUUAUAGAAGCUCUUGUUCAACUAACAAAUCUUACAACGUUUAGUACGAGUCAGCGGCAAAUAGCAGAACAGUGGCUUGCGCGUGUUAACUCAAAUUUAGAAACCUUACAGGAAGUUAGCAACAUUGAUGGAGGAUCACGUAAAGAGAAUAGUAAUGAAACAAGUUCUGUAACAAAUCAUAGCAAUGCUAAGGGCCUCACGCCAGGUUUAAGACGUUCUGCCCGAGUAAGCCGUAUGGAAGAUGGAUAUAGAGGGUUAGGUUCUGCUUACCGGGGCACAAGUGAUGAGGAGCUUUAUUGGCUAAUGGCAGUCGAGAAACGCGAUAAACAACGCACUGCACGUCGAAUGAGACGUGCGCUACAGGAUAAUGAUGGUUGCGAAAAAAGUCAUGCGGAUUCAACCAAAAGUGACAUAGCUUCUCCCGAUGAUACACUAUCCUCUUCUUUAGGAGGUUCAUCUAUUAGGUCUAAAAAGAAAGGAAUUGACGUGUUGCAACAUGAUUCAACAAUUGCAAAAGAAUCAAGACAAUUUUAUAAUAAUUAUAGUGAUAGUGAAGAUGACGGUGCAGGUUUAGAAGAUUUUUUAAGUGAUAUAACUUCUAUGAUGGAUGAAGAUGAUGAUGAUGAGGAUUUGAAGCCUAAAUUCAAUCGCCGUGGCUCAGGUGAACGACGUGGUCGAAGAAGACGUCAAACGGGGAUUACUCGUAGUAGUCUUCAAAGUAAUCUAGGCUUUGCAACUGAGAGAAAACCACGACGGAAAAGAAAAUUAAGCCUUAAGGACGGUACUAUGGAUGAAUCAGCUUGUAUCGAUGGGACACUAAUCGUGCGCGAACCAAAAGUAACUCGAGGAAUAAGAGGCGUACGGGGUUCUGCACGUGGAUCUACAAGAGGCCGUAAAAAAUCCCAGUAACGUUUAUCGUAAAAUUUAAAUCAAAAAGGCUUAAUAACAAUUGUUAAUGAAACAUAAAUAACUGUUAAGAUUACAAAUUUUUUUUUUUUUGACGGAAUUCGAUCAAUUUCAGCAAGUUUUUCAUAAUUGAUAAGUUUGGUUUUGGUAUUUUAAGUCUUGGUAGAAGAAAAAAAAAAUAUACGGUUUCGCAUAUUUUUGGGGUAGUACUAAUAUAAAUAUACCUGUGUGUAGUAGUACUGAUAAUUUUGAGAAACCUCUCUAGCAAUCUCACUCUCAAAGCCCCAAAAAGUAUUCAACAAAGAUUGAAGUAGACUUGGUACACACUACAAAGGUACUUAUUGUUUUUUUAAAAAAGAAUACGUAUGCCGUUUAAACAUGAGUUUUUUACUAUAAACUCGUAAAUAAACAUAUGACUUCUAAUACUUUUAGUAUUUCAAAUAAAAAAAAAAUUUAAAACAUUUUUUAAUAUGAAGUGAAAAUUUGAACCACCUUGUCUCCGAUUUUUACCAUGGUUAAUUCUUUUUUACAAUAGAGUAAUAGUGGAAUUGCCUGUAUUUUACACAAUGUUAGUAAAUUGACAAGACUCUUUAGUCACCGCGUUUUUCGAGGUCUGUUCGAGUGUGUGUUGUAAGAAAACAAAACGUUUCAUACAAUUAUCUAGAAAACAAUUUUUAAACUUAAUGUCGCGAAUACAAAUAAAAUCUGGAACCGACCCCGUUUUUACUAAUACUGUCAAAUAAUACUUAAAAAACAAAAAAAAAUAAAUGUUAUAUUGCCGAAUUCAAUCU